AUGAGCUCAAAUACACCACUAUUAGGCGGUAACCCCCGUGCUACUCCUGUUCGCUCCUAUGCUAGUCACGUCGUUCACGUUACAAAAGUUACAUUAGCUUCAUCUCCAGUCAAUUUCUUGUUGAUUUUUGCACCAUUAGGUAUCAUUGCUGGUAAAUUAGGAUGGUCUUCAAAUGCCAUCUUUGCCUUAAAUUUCCUUGCAAUUAUCCCAUUAGCAUCAUUACUGGCUUUUGCUACUGAAGAAUUGGCUAGUCAUGUUGGUGAAACCCUGGGUGGGUUAUUAAAUGCUACUUUUGGUAACGCGGUUGAACUGAUUGUUUCAAUUAUUGCAUUAAAAGAAAAUCAAGUUAGAAUUGUUCAAGCUUCAAUGCUUGGUUCAAUCUUAUCAAACUUAUUAUUAGUUUUGGGUUGUUGUUUCAUUGCUGGUGGUUGGAAUAGAUUACAACAAACUUUCAACCAAACCGUUGCUCAAACUAUGAGUUCAUUAUUGGCUUUAGCAACUGCUGGUCUUUUAAUUCCAGCAGCUUUCCAUGCUUCAAUUCCAAAAUCUGAACAAUAUCUAAAUGAUGAAAAAAUCUUGGCUUUAUCAAGAGGUGCUUCAAUUGUUUUAUUGGUUAUCUACGUUUUAUUUUUGGUUUUCCAAUUGAAAACUCAUAAACAAUUAUUUGAAGGCGCUAUUGAAGAAGAACAAUCAGAUGAUGUUGAAAGAGCUCAAAAUCAAAAUAUUGCAGCUGGUAGUAAAGAUGAAGAAGAAUCAUCAUUAUCAACUGUUUCUUCUUUAGUCUUGUUAUUUAUCCUAACUGUUGUUGUUUCUGUUUGUGCUGAUUACUUGGUUGGUUCAAUUGAUGACAUUGUUGAAACUUCAGGUCUUUCAAAAACUUUCAUUGGUUUAAUUGUCAUUCCAAUUGUUGGUAACGCUGCUGAACAUGUCACUGCAGUUGUUGUUGCAGUCAAAGAUAAAAUGGAUUUAGCCAUUGGUGUUGCUGUUGGUUCUUCAUUACAAAUUGCAUUAUUUGUUACUCCAUUUAUGGUUUUGGUCGGUUGGGCUAUUGAUGUCCCAAUGAGUUUAUAUUUCUCAACUUUUGAAACCGCUGUAUUAUUUAUCAGUGUUUUAAUUGCCAACUACUUGAUUUUGGAUGGUGAAUCCAAUUGGUUGGAAGGUGCGAUGUUGAUUGGUACUUAUGCUAUAGUCGCAUUAGCAUUCUUUUUCUUCCCAGAUACUCAAUUAUAA